AUGAAGACAGAGAGCGAGUCUUCGGAAAAAGGGGUGAAAGCAGAACAAAAGAAUGAAGAGCUAAUAGUUACAUCUAGAACUGUCGAAGAGGUGUCUCCUGUUUUAACUUCAGUGGCUGAUACACUGGUUAUCGAUGCCUCUUCAUCAAAAGAAACGAUUCCUUCGAAGACGGGGGUUUUUCGAAGAAUAAAAAUCAACAGAAAAUCUCAGUUGAAAACCCAACGUAUAGAAGAAGUGGAUCAAGUUCCUGAAACUCCUGAAGAUGAAAUUCCUAAAGAAUUUGAGAUUCUUCAGUCUACUGAAAUUUCGAAGCUUGAUGAUAUAAAGCUCAUUGAACCAACAUCUUUACCUCAGUUCAAGAUAUUGAAUUCAAAAUUAAAUUCUAUCUUGCAAUCUCAAGCGGAUGUGGGAAGUGCUGGAAUCACUAUCAUGGAAGUUGAUUCCAUAAUAAAGGAAUUGGAAAGCAGGAUGAUUUUGAAGGCAUCAGGGUUAAUACGUGAUUCUGAAAGCCACAUUCUUGAGAAAACUGAUCAGAAUGAUAGUUCUACAGAGAAUAGAAUCAAUUCUCUGAGAUAUGAUUUUCUGAAGGAAGUGAAGGAUUUGAAGACUGUUACGAAGGAGCGUCAUGUGCUCUUUGUACAGGAAGUUAAGAAGGUUCGAGAAGACGUUAAUAUGCAAAUUCAUGAACUUCGUGAAACGAUGACGAAGGAGGUUCAGCAUAUUCAACAAGGGUAUGAAUCAGCACAUCAGAAGAUCGACAUUAUUUGUGAUGCGGUUGUUCAGUGUGUUAAGAUGUUCGAACAAGUCAAUCCUCAGAUGAUCUCUCUUUCAGCCAAAGAAGAACAACAUUUUGCAGAGUUGGUGAAACUGAUGAAAGAACUCCAAGAAAUAUCUUCGAAAGUUUCUUCACCAAUUAUUUCUCAAGAAUUUCUUUGUCAGAAUUUCAUUCAUUUCGAAGCCAUUCUAUAA